AUGGGAAUCUUGUCGCUCAUCACCGGCAAGCCGGGCGCCAGCGGGUUCGGGUCCGCCUCCACUGCCGAGCAGGUCACCGCCGGCAUCGACGCCUCUGCCCUCACCGUCGUCGUCACAGGCGCAUCUAGUGGCAUUGGUCUAGAGACCUCGAGAGUCUUUGCCCUGAGAGGAGCCCAUGUCAUCAUCGCUGCGAGAAACACAGAGGCUGCAUCAGAGGCAAAAAAACGCAUCACAGAGUCGAACCCAACAGCUCGUGUCGAUGUUCUGAAGCUUGACCUUAGCUCCCUCAAGUCGGUCAGGGCCUUCGUGGACCAGCUCAGCUCAAUGAAUCUUCCUCUAAACAUCUUGAUAAACAAUGCAGGUGUCAUGCUCUGUCCUUUCCAACUGUCUGAAGAUAAUGUUGAGAUGCAGUUUGCCACCAAUCAUCUCGGUCACUUCCUGCUUACCAACCUUCUUCUUGAUAAUAUGAAAGCUACUGCAAAGUCUACGGGUAUUGAGGGUCGCAUUGUGAACUUGUCAUCAAUCGCGCACCACCACACGUCUCCAAAGGGGAUCCAGUUUGAUGAACUCAAUGACAAGAAAAGAUACAGUGAUAAAAUGGCCUAUGGACAGUCUAAGCUUGCAAACAUAUUGCAUGCCAAAGAGCUAUCUAGGCGGCUCAGGGAGGAAGGAGCUAACAUCACAGUUAAUUGCGUUCAUCCUGGAUUGAUCAUGACCAAUUUAAUGAGGCACUCAUUAGCUAUGAUGAAGGCUAUUCGAGUCGUCACCUACAUGAUGUGGAAGACUGCACCCCAGGGAGCAGCAACUACAUGCUAUGUAGGGCUCGACCCUCAGCUGAAGGGGGUGACAGGCAAAUACUUUGCUGACUGUAACGAGGAGAAGAUGAGCAAACUAGCCAAUAGUGACGCCUUGGCGAAGCAGCUCUGGGAAUUCAGCGAAGAGCUCAUUAGAUCUGCCCAGUGA